UUCCUCCCCCUCCCCCUCCAAAAAAAAAAAAAACCCAACCUCAAAACCCUCGCCCUACCGCCGGUGCUCCGUGCUCGUGCUCUCCUCCCCGCAUGGCUUCCUCCGCCGCCGCCGCCUCCUCCUCCUCGGAGGAGGCCGUCAAGGCGGCGAAGGUGCUGAUGGUCGGGGCGGGAGGCAUCGGAUGCGAGCUGCUCAAGACGCUCGCGCUCUCCGGCUUCCGCGACAUCCACAUCAUUGACUUGGACACAAUUGAAGUGAGCAAUCUGAACAGACAGUUUUUAUUUCGGCAGAGUCACGUUGGACAGUCAAAAGCCCAUGUUGCUCGUGAUGCUGUUCUGAAAUUUAGGCCAAAUAUCAAUAUAACAUCAUAUCAUGCAAAUGUAAAGGACGCUCAGUUCAAUGUUGACUUCUUCAAGCAAUUUAAUGUAGUUCUGAAUGGCCUUGAUAAUUUGGACGCUAGACGACAUGUUAAUCGCCUCUGCCUUGCUGCUGAAGUUCCAUUAGUGGAAAGUGGGACAACUGGGUUUUUGGGACAGGUUACUGUUCAUGUCAAAGGUAAAACAGAGUGCUACGAAUGUCAACCAAAGCCUGUCCCUAAGUCAUAUCCUGUCUGCACAAUUACAAGCACUCCAUCUAAGUUUGUUCACUGCAUUGUUUGGGCAAAGGACUUGCUUUUUGCAAAGCUGUUUGGUGAUAAAAAUCAGGAUAAUGAUCUUAAUGUCCGUUCAAAUGAAAGUGGCACUUCCAAAUCAGAUGUAUUUGAAAGGAAUGCAGAUGAAGAUCUUGAGCAAUAUGCUAGGAGAAUUUAUGAUCAUGUCUUUGGUUACAACAUCGAAGUUGCCUUAGAAAAUGAGGAAACCUGGAAGAAUCGAAGAAGGCCAAAUCCAAUAUACAUCCAUGGUACAUUACCUGAAGAAGCUAUUUGGCAAAAUGGUAGCUCACGGGACUGCAAUAAUCAACAACAAGAACCAUCUGCUAUGGUUUCUUUGGGUCUUAGAAACCCACAGGAAAUUUGGAACCUUGCUGAUAAUUCAAGGGUAUUUUUGGAGGCACUAAGACUAUUUUUUGAAAAAAGGGAGAAGGAGAUAGGAAACUUAAUAUUUGACAAGGAUGAUCAGUUGGCUGUUGAGUUUGUUACUGCAGCAGCUAAUAUCAGAGCCUCCUCUUUUGGAAUACCUCUGCAUAGCCUUUUUGAAGCUAAAGGUGUUGCUGGGAACAUAGUUCAUGCAGUGGCAACAACAAAUGCUAUAAUAGCUGGUUUAAUUGUUAUUGAAGCAAUAAAAGUGCUCCAGGGUGAUUACAAAAGAUAUAGAAUGACAUAUUGUCUUGAACACCCUUCAAGGAAGAUGCUCUUGAUGCCUGUAGAGCCGUUUGAGCCUAAUAAAUCAUGUUAUGUCUGCUCAGAGACCCCUCUUCUUCUGGAGGUUAACACAAAGACAACAAAACUGAGGGAGGUCAUUGACAAAAUUAUAAAAAGCAAACUUGGGAUGAAUCUUCCAUUGGUAAUGAUUGGCUCGACGCUUGUUUUUGAGGAUGGUGAUGGCUUAGAGGAAGAUGAAGCUGCAAAUUAUGCUUUAAACCUUGAGAAGAUCUUGGCUGAACUUCCAGCUCCAGUUAUUAAUGGUACAAAGAUUACUGUUGAGGAUUUCCAGCAGGAAUUCUCAUGCAGCAUUAACAUCAAGCACAGGGAUGAGUUUGAUGCAGAGAAAGAACCUGAUGGAAUGGUUCUAUCUGGAUGGUCUGCUCCAGUGGAGAAGCAAGUUACAAGUAAUGGUGGUAACCAGUCUGUUGCUUCUUCUUCUGGUACAGAUUACCCUGACGGUAUUGUUGAGGAUAUGUCCACUAAGCCUGGAAUGAAGCGCAAGCUGGAUGAGAUAUUAGAGUCAAAGGAAAAUUGUGAUGCAUCCAGUAGUGCUCAAGUCGUCGAAGAUGACGACGACGACGAUAUUGUUAUGCUUGAUGAGGACCCGAAGUUAGCCAAGAAAAAGAGAUUGCAAUAGCAGCUUUUCGGUCUGUUGAAGAGAUAACAGCUAUUGACUUAAACUAUUAUGGCUAACACAUUGUUCCAGCGUAACAUCUUUUGUAACUUUAUAUAAAUGAAUGUUUAGGGUUGAUGGCGCUGAGCUAUCAGUAACUGUACUCGGGGACAUUUUUUUGCUUUAGAUACGGUGCUUUAGGAAUGUAAUUUGUAGCCUUUAGGCACAGGAGUGACUAGCCCUGCUGACUGUCAGCUGAAAGGCUGCGCCUGUGUUUGUUAAGAUUGGAGCAAUGGUGAUGUUCAUUGAAGUCGUUUUCCACUA